AUGAGCUGCCAGGCCUUCAGUAGUACUGACUCAUUCAGUGCUUUGAGUGGUGAAUCAGCUGCUCUUCCUCUGCUAAUGCACCAUGCUGGAGCUGCUGACUGCCUUCCCGUCACCAGCCACACCACCAACAUUGUGCCUCCAGUUCCCUCGGGUCUGCCCCUGGUCCAGUCAUCCAAGCGCUCUCACAUGCAUCUGUCCACUUCUGCCCUGAGCAACGCUUCUGCCGGCCUGCACUACUCCAUGCCCCCAUGUCACUAUAGCAACCAGCAGACCACUUACGGCAUGAUGGCAGGUGCCCUGGCUCCUUGUCUGUAUAAGUUUCCUGAGCACAGCCUGGCAGGAGGGUCAUGCACUCUGUCCCACAGUUUCUCCGCACUGCCCCAGGCCCUGUUCACAGAUGAGCCCUCCCUGGGAGACAUCAAGCAGGAGCUGAGGAGGAAGAGUCGGGCCCCAGAGGAACCACCAGACAUGGAUUCACCCCAGAUCCGUGAGCUUGAAAAGUUUGCGAAUGACUUCAAACUACGCAGGAUCAAACUCGGUUACACUCAGACCAAUGUUGGAGAGGCUUUAGCAGCUGUACAUGGCUCUGAAUUCAGUCAGACCACCAUCUGUCGCUUUGAGAACCUACAGCUCAGUUUCAAAAAUGCUUGCAAGCUGAAGUCCAUACUUGCCAAAUGGUUGGAGGAGGCUGAGCAGGCUGGUGCAUUAUUUAAUGACAAAAUGGGACUCCAAGAACGGAAACGGAAACGAAGAACUACCAUCAGUCUAGGGGCAAAGGAGGCACUAGAGAGAAAUUUUGUUGAGAAGAGUAAGCCGUCUUCACAGGAAAUUGUGCGCAUGGCAGAGGGGCUUCAUUUGGAGAAAGAAGUGGUGCGUGUUUGGUUCUGCAAUCGCAGACAAAGAGAGAAAAGAGUCAAGACAAGUCUACAUCACAGCUCUUUUAUGACCAAAGACACUGUAAGUAGACAUGAUAGAUGAUGACGUUGAUGUGUUUAAACGCCACUCUGCUGAGGCUUUGACACUUUAUCUCCUAAAUCCUAAAGAAAAUCAAUGUGAUUGUGUACAUUGCACAGCAGAGUAA